AUGAAGAUGCUCUUCAGCCUCACUUUCGCCAUUGUUGCUGCAACGGGCAUUUUGGCUAGCCCGUACCUGGAGUUCUGCAGCCUCCUGGACAUUCAGAAUGUCGGAGCUCAGGGUGUCGUCAUCCAAGCCUCUUGCAAUGGCCGCUGUGAACAGCUGAACAUUGUUCCGUGCUUUGCCAACUCCUACGGCACUGUACUCCCUGCUGGUCUUACUAACGGCAACUUCAACACAACUUGCAGAGACUGCGUUCUAGGUCUCACCAAGAAUGACACUGAAACCUACGGGUAUGCAUCAUGCAUUUGUGCGAGCGGUGCACCCGACGUUGUCGUCAACACCACUUUCAAUACCGCUGAUGCGAUUCGAUACGAGACCACUCUUGGAAUGGCCUGCCCCUACGGCAACAACUCUGCCAUCCGAUCCGUGCAGUGCGGCACUACGGCCCUCAAACACUCAUCCAUUCUCUUCAACAAGCGAGAUCGAAAGGUUCGCCGAUCAAUGAGGAGUGUUCAGUUGUGGAAGCCUUAG